ACCGGAGUCGGAUCAAAGAAGAACUACUGGGCAACCGCGACUUGACCGACUACUACAAACUUCUCCAGAUAUGGCCGACGUCAAUCAGAGCGCGGCAGCUUUGCUGGUCGCCUUUCUCCUGGUGACGGCGGCGUGGGCCCAGAAUCCCAGGAAAACGCCCAAAGCGCCGAAGCCCCCCAAGGCGCAAUGCUGUGACGAGGUGCGCUCUCUCAAGGUCCAGGUGGCCAACCUGACCAGCCUGGUCGGGGAGCUGAGUCGCAAGCAGGAGGUGGACCUGAGGAGCAUGGUGAGGCAAAUCAUGGACCUGGACAUGCAGAACCGGCAGCAGGAAGCCCGGGUCACCGAGGCCGAGAGCAAGUACUCUGAAAUCAACAACCGCGUGGAGAUCAUGCAGCUUCAGACCCUGCAGUCGGCGCCCCAGACCACAUCAGACGCCAUAUACGACUGUGCCUCGCUCUACAGCAAGAACUAUAAGAUAUCCGGCGAGUACAAACUUCCAAAAGACGAGUUCCUGGGAACACCUGAGCUCAGCGUGUUCUGCGACAUGGAGACAAACGGCGGCGGCUGGACUCUAAUCCAGAGACGCAAAGUGGGCCUGACGUCUUUCAACCGCGACUGGAAGCCGUACAAGAGCGGCUUUGGAUCCAUCCGCGGAGACUUCUGGCUCGGCAACGAGCAUAUAUUCCGUCUGACAAGGCGGCCCACUGUGCUCAGGAUCGAGAUGGAGGACUGGGAGGGAGAGAAACGCUACGCCGAGUACGGCUUUUUCACCGUGGCCAACGAGCUCAACAGCUACAGGCUUUUCCUCGCCAAAUACAGCGGGAACGCCGGCGACUCCUUGCGCUACCACAACAACACCAACUUCAGCACCCUCCACAAAGACAACGACAAGUGCGUGGAUGACUGCGCCUCUCUACGCAAAGGUGGUUACUGGUACAACUGCUGCACAGACUCCAACCUCAACGGCGUUUUCUACCGCUACGGCGAGCACACCAAGAGCACGGACGGCAUCACUUGGUACGGAUGGCACGGUCCCAACUACUCCCUGAAAAAGGUAGAGAUGAAGGUUCGGCCGGUGGGUUUCCAGCCGUGAGUCGUGGUUGAUGAGGACGGAUAUUCAUUCUUUGAAGUUGGCCUGAGGAUUUUCUGACUUGUAAAUUGUAGUUGUGUGUCUAUUUAUCAGUUCUAUAUUUUAUUUCCUAGUCUCAGUAUGUGUGUGCGUGCCUAAAUGAUGCUUUGUUCAUUCAAACAAAAACACGCUAGCAAAGAUGGUGGAAAGGGACCAAGCCUGUUAUUAACUGUCAUUGUUGUAAAAUGUGUACAUAAUGUGUAAGUAUCUUUUAUUUUAAUGUG